UCAUUGUUCCAUAAUUCCUUAAAACUCACGAAAUUCGAUUCUAUUUUCAAUUUUUCACAAUUGGGUAUCCAAAAAAAUUCCCAAAUCACGAUUUUGAAUCAAAAAUCCCAUCUGGGUGUUUCAAAUUGUCGUGUUUUAAUCUAAGUAUGAGCAGAGACAGUGGCGUUUUGAAGGCAUGGGAAGCGACGGUACGCAAAACCCAAGCGGCCAAAAAGCGAGCCCACAGCAUCUUCGGCACAAUGUCGGUAGCUCACGCCGACGACGGCGAUAUCGAAGGCCUUGGCGACAUGGUAGACACUGAAUUGAAUUCCAACGAUGUCUAUCACGCCGAGAAAAUCCUCCCAAAUGGCGACUAUUACACAGGCCAAUGGUGCAACAACUUCCCUCACGGACAAGGCAAGUACGUAUGGACCGAUGGGUGUAUGUACAUUGGUGAAUGGAGCAAAGGCAAAACAAUGGGGCGAGGGCGGUUCAAUUGGCCGUCGGGAGCCACCUAUGAAGGGGAAUUCAAGAGUGGCUAUAUGGAUGGGAAUGGCGUGUAUACUGGCUCAAAUGGGGACACUUAUAAAGGGAAAUGGGUUAUGAAUUUGAAACAUGGCCAUGGGGUUAAGAACUUCUCUAAUGGGGAUUGUUAUGAUGGGGAUUGGAGGAGGGGCUUGCAAGAAGGGAGUGGGAGAUAUCAAUGGAAGAAUGGGAACUAUUACGUUGGGGAAUGGAAGCAUGGGGAGAUUUGUGGGAAAGGGAGCUUUGUUUGGACUAAUGGUAAUAAGUAUGAUGGGAAUUGGGAAAGUGGGUUGCCUAGAGGGAAUGGGACAUUCAAAUGGCCUGAUGGGAGCUUCUAUGUGGGGUAUUGGAGUAGAGAUCCGGAAGAACAAAAUGGGAGUUAUUACCCAUCUGUUUCAUCAGGGAAUGUGUUAUGGGAUCCACAAGAUGUUUACAAUGUUGAUUUUAGUGAUUGCAAGAUAUGUCAUGGGGAGAAGGUGUCGGUUUUGCCGUCGCAGAAGAAGCUCGCGGUAUGGCGGUCGUCGAAAGGGGACGACGGAGGGAAGCCGAGAAGGAUGUCGGUUGAUGGUCGGGUGAGUAUCGAUGUGGAGAAGCCGUUUGAUAGAAUGCAAAUGUGGUGUGGCGGGGAGGGGGAUGAUUAUGUGACGGGUUGUUGUAGUGAGAGGACGUCGUCGGCGGGAGGUCGGUGCGAUGUGGCGGAGUAUAUGUUGGCGAUGAAUUUGGAGAAGGAAGGAUUUGGGAUGUCAAUGAAGAAGCCAAGGUCUUGUAAGAGGCAAGGAGAGACAAUUUGUAAAGGGCAUAAGAACUAUGAUCUAAUGCUUAAUUUGCAGCUUGGGAUCAGGCAUUCGGUAGGACGACCCGCCCCGGCCGCGUCGCUCGACUUGAAGCCUUCAGCUUUUGAUCCCAAGGAAAAAGUUUGGACUAAAUUUCCUUCGGAAGGAAGCAAGUACACUCCACCCCACCAGUCAUGUGAGUUCAAAUGGAAGGACUAUUGCCCCUUAGUUUUCAGAACUCUGAGGAAAUUGUUCAAGGUAGAUCCAGCUGAUUAUAUGCUAUCGAUUUGUGGGAACGAUGCUCUUCGAGAACUCUCGUCUCCUGGUAAAAGUGGUAGCUUCUUCUACUUGACCAAUGACGACCGAUAUAUGAUCAAGACAAUGAAGAAGUCGGAAGCGAAAGUUUUGAUAAGAAUGCUAUCUGCCUAUUAUAACCAUGUGAGAGCCUUUGAGACCACUUUGGUAACCAAAUUCUAUGGUCUUCAUUGUGUUAAAUUAACCGGGCCUAUCCAAAAGAAGGUAAGGUUCAUCAUUAUGGGAAAUCUUUUCUGCUCGGAAUAUUCCAUUCACCGACGGUUUGACUUGAAAGGGUCGAUUCUUGGACGCACAACAGAUAAGCCUGAGAGUGAGAUUGACGAAACCACCAUCCUUAAGGACCUCGAUCUUAACUUCAUAUUCCGACUUCAAAAAUCAUGGUUUCAAGAGUUUUGCAGGCAAAUUGAUCGGGACUGUGAGUUUCUCGAACAAGAAAGAAUUAUGGAUUAUAGUCUUCUUGUUGGUCUUCACUUUAGGGAAACUUCAGCCGCAGGUGAAUUUAUACCUUCCGGGGCUCGCACUCCUACAGGUGGAUCCGAGAAUGAUGCAGCUCCUCGUCUAUCGAGAGUCGACUUGGAUCAACUCUUCCUAGAUCCAUCCAGAUGGUCGAGUAUCAAAUUGGGCGUAAACAUGCCUGCUCGAGUCGAACAAACCGUGAGAAGAAGUGACUGCGAGUUUCAACUAGUUGGAGAGCCAACAGGAGAAUAUUAUGAUGUGGUUAUGUUUUUUGGUAUCAUUGACAUACUUCAAGAUUAUGACAUUAGCAAGAAGCUUGAGCAUGCCUACAAGUCCAUUCAAUACGAUCCAACUUCGAUAUCAGCUGUCGAUCCUAAACAAUACUCAAAGCGGUUUCGUGACUUUAUAUAUAAUAUCUUUGCAGAAGAUGAGACAAACUUUGAAUGAAAAUGUACUAAGCUCGUUGUUGAGAACGUAUUUAAUUUAUAGCCAGGUCGAGCUGGACGGGAAGCUAGUCGAUCGCCUGGUCACAUUCUUUCAUUUGUUUUAUAUAUAGUAGCAGAUCAUAUACUCAUAUGUUUUUAGUAAAUGAGAAGAAAA